AUGUUCCAGCAUCGUGCCAACGAGGAUGAAUUCCUUUCUGCCAGCAGGAACAAGGAUUCCCGCUUGAUUCUCCCCGGAUAUGGCCUCCCUUUGGACUAUGCACCGGUAGAGAAGAACAUUUAUGGCGUGGAGAGUCGGAGCAUGUUCCCAUCGGCCCUGGAUGACAGGGAUAUUGAGAACGGAUACACAGAAUUGCCAGUCCAGUCACUUCGUGAGAUCGGGAUGGUCAGCAUCAUGGAAGAGUUAACUGAUAUUCCUGAAUGGUGGAAAAAGAUCUAUGAUCCUGGCAUUGCGGACGAUUGGAAAAAGAUCGCAUUGAACAGUGAUGCCGACAUUACCCCCAACAUGGCCAACUGGAUCGUCGACGAGCUCAGGUUCAAAGCCAUGAUCUACGAAAUGAGCCAGGCUGUCGGCUUAUACAACGGAGAUAUGACCAAGUCCGACACAAAUGUUCCCGAAGCACUGCGCGAGAGAUUGAAAAAGGAAACCGAGGUACUGAAUUAUAGUGACGCCGACCUGCAAUUCUACCUGCCGGGAACCCUUCGAAAGCAACGUGAUCUCCUUGCCAUGGCUUUAUACCCUCUUGUGUACGGCAAAACUCGCAUCCUCCCAAAUGAUACUAUCGGGUUGGAUGAAGCAUUGCGGCACGCUGGGCUGGGCGAAGUGAUUGCCAAACCUCGAGAGACGGGCAUUACUCGAGAAGACAUGACCUGGCGAGUAGCAGCACGAUCAGACAUUCAGGUCAGGCCGUACAGUCGGAACUUCCAGUCCCUGCCAUCUGACUUUGAGCUGGGCGACGACGACCGCUGGCAUAUUGUCUCGUACAUCAACAAUCUGCACCCCGUCAAGCAUCGCAACAUCUACAAAGUCAUUGAGGACGCGUUCAACUGUAUGGUCCCACAAUUCAAUAUGACCAUGACUCCACUCAAGGACAUGCUGCAUUCCCGCGCGAGAAUCGAAUACCACAAGGCUCAAUAUCAUCCCAUCCCCCAGUCAGUUCUUGACAAGGAGCCACAAAUCAGACCCAGAGAGGCGCAGAGCGAGUUUGAUGAGCGAUAUGAGAAGUGGAGACUGGAGAAUUUCAAAGUUGUCCAGCCCGAUGCUGGCAUAUUCAUUCCCUGGGCUGUGCCUCCCGGUCUGAUGACCAAACUCCCUGAGGACUUGCCCAGUGCCGUCCGCAUUGAACGAGGAGUCUCGCUCAACAGGGACUACAAAGAACGCGGUCUGCAGGUCAUCACGCGUGUUCUUGGGGUAGAUCUUAGCCCGGAAGAUCCUUAUUUCCAAACCGAUUGGCACGUCGAAGGCCAAAUGAAUGAACACAUUUGCGCCGCAGCAUUCCUCACCCUCGACAACGAGAACAUGGAAGACCCGGUCAUGGAGUUCCGCAACAUCGUCGAAACCGGGACCCUUGGAGAUAUCGAGCAUGACCCGAACGACUUCAUCUGGCUGAAGCAGGUCUUUGGCCUCAUGAAUGGUGAACCUGCAAUCCAGCGCCCAGGGUCAAUCAAAUGCACUCUCGGCCGAACGGUGAUAUUCCCCAGUACCGUACAGCAUCGCGUGACCCACUUCGAGCUGAAAGACAAGUCGAAGCAGGGGUAUACCCGUGCCCUCGUCUUCUUCCUGGUCGAUCCAAAUCUCCGGAUUAUCUCCACAGCCAACAUUCCACCGCAAAGACUGGACUGGACGCUCGAUGUCAAGGGAGCGAAUGAAAAUUUGAAGGCCACGAUGGCAAGUCUGGCCCUGGAUAACAAGGACAAGAAGGGACCGAUGCCCAUGUCGUUGACGGAGGCACUGGAUAUGAGAUACAAGUUUUUGGAGGAAAUGAUCGAGUUUACCAAGUAUCAGCAUGUCGCGUUUGAGUCACCGGUCGUGAACAUUUAA